CCAACAUCAAUCAAACCCCAUUUCUCACCAACUUCCCAACUCUCAAUGCGCCAAUUAGUGAAUCGUGUUAUAAGAACAUUACAAUCAUACCCAUUAACCUCGACCUUUCAACCAUCUCACAACAGAGCAUAUCAAAAAAGCCUAUCCACCAUGUCUACAGUCCUGAAGCAACCCGUCAAGCUUGCCCUCGUGCAGCUCGCAAGCGGCUCCGACAAAGCCGUCAACCUCGCCAACGCGCGCACACAAGUCCUCGCCGCUGCCUCCAAGGGAGCCAAAAUCAUCGUCCUCCCCGAGUGCUUCAACUCGCCCUACGGCACGCAGCAUUUCCCCAGUUACGCGGAGACGCUGCUCCCCUCCCCGCCCACAGCCGAGCAAUCCCCAUCCUUCCAUGCUCUCUCCGCUAUGGCUAAGGAGGCAAAUGCCUACCUGAUCGGUGGUUCGAUCCCCGAAGCUGACGCGGAGAACACGUCCGCUACGGCUGGGGCACCGAACAAAUACUAUAACACCAGUCUUGUCUUCUCGCCCUCUGGCGCCCUGCUCGACACCCACCGCAAGGUGCAUCUCUUCGACAUCGAUAUCCCUGGUAAGAUCACAUUCAAGGAGUCCGAGGUUCUCACCGCGGGGUCUCAGACGACGAUUAUCGAUUUCCCCGAGUACGGCCGCGUGGGGGUGGCUAUCUGCUAUGACGUGCGCUUCCCUGAGCUAGCCAUGGUCGCAGCUCGGAAGGGAGCAUUCGCGCUCAUCUACCCCGGUGCGUUCAACCUGACCACCGGUGCGCUGCACUGGGAGUUACUCGGACGUGCUCGCGCGGUGGACAACCAGGUGUUUGUCGGGUUGUGUAGUCCGGCGAGGGAUAUGACCGCGGGGUAUCAUGCGUGGGGACAUAGUAUGAUUAUUGAUCCGUGGGCGAAGGUGUUGGGUGAGGCCGGGGAGGGACAGGAGAUUGUGAUUGCUGAGUUGAACCCGGAGCCGAUGGAGGAGGUGAGGCGGAAUAUACCUGUGUCGACGCAGAGGAGGUGGGAUGUGUAUCCUGAUGUUAGCAAGGGGAGUGCUUGAGUGUGAGUGAGUGUAGUGUACUACCCGGGUAGAUGGGAUUGUUUAGGUAGCAAUUUAAUGUACCCUUAGCUGCAUCGAGUGUGCAAUCGGGCAUACUUGAGAACCUUGAAACAUGAGUCUGCUGUCCUAACUCGGGG